UUCUGAAGACAAGACAGCAGCUCAUCACAUCACUAACCACAGCACCACAGAAGAAGAGAUGGCCCAGAUCAGAGCCCCUGUUAUUGUGCUGCUCGUGCUCCUGGCUGUGGGGCUGUUCACUACUGAGGCUUCUGCAGCUAAACAAGGACGUCGUAGAAGAGGCUGCUGUCAAAGCUAUACUGGUGGGGAAAUACCUUUUGGAGUUAUCGUAGGCUAUACCCUACAGAAUGAUUUUGAAAUUUGCAGAAUCCCUGCCAUCAUAUUCCACACUAAAAAGGGGAAAGAUUUGUGUGCAGACCCUUCCCAGAGCUCGGUGAUCCAACAUGUCAACCGACUGGGGGACAAGGCGGUUCACAUCAGGAAAUCACAGUCCUAAUCCGAUGAUGGGUUCUGGAUACAGAUCAGCAGAACAUGUGUAUUUAACAGUCAGGAACUGAACAUGUUAAUAACCAGUGUACAUCUCCCCUCCUGUUUCAUCUGCUAUCCAUCUACCUAUAUCUUCUUAGUCCUAUAUUUUCUGGGCUGAUUUUAUAUAAAUAGAUUUUGGAAAUAAAAAAUGUAGUUAUAAUAUAACACUUUUUUUAUGAGCAAUAAAGUUACGAUCUCAUUGUAAGACUAUC